GGAGAAGAGAAUAGUAGGAUAAUACAAUGAUAGAUUUUAGGAGGAAAUACGAGGUGCAUGUCAAAUACGAGAGUUGUGCAUGAACAGGCAGAAAGCGCGGCCGUGCUCGGUGACCUACCUUCCCGUGUCCCCUUGCAGAAGUUACCACUGUGAGUCUGUCCUCAGCAGCGGAGCGGAGAGGAGGCGGCACCGUUCCUCUCCACCAUCUACAUCCAGGACUCCAAGCCAAAGUCCAGGUCGAGGUCGUCACCAUGUCAACUGACCCUGCGAUUGAGCUGCCUUUCUACUAUGGCAGCAUCAGUCGCUCUGAUGCCGAGCAGCACCUGAAGCUGGCUGGGAUGGUCGAUGGCCAAUUCUUGUUGCGACAGUGUCUCCGCAGUCUGGGAGGCUACGUCCUCUCUAUAGUGUGGAACUUGGAGUUUCACCAUUACCCCAUAGAGAAACAACUUAAUGGGACUUACCUCAUCACAGGAGGAGGCAAGCCUCAUUGUGGGCCUGCAGAGCUCUGUGAGUAUUACAGCAAGGACCGUGAUGGACUGGUGUGCAUGCUGAGGAAACCCUGUCUGCGCUCCCCAGAUACACCAAUACAGCCCGGCGUAUUUGACAGCCUGAGAGACAAAAUGCUGAGGGAGUACGUGAAGCAGACCUGGAACUUGGAGGGAGAAGCCAUGGAGCAGGCCAUCAUCAGUCAAGCUCCUCAGCUCGAGAAGCUUAUCGCCACUACGGCCCAUGAGAAGAUGCCUUGGUAUCAUGGUAAAAUCAAUCGCCAGGAGGGUGAGAGGCGGCUUUACAGUCACGCACAACCAGACGGCAAGUUUCUAGUGAGAGACAGAGAUGAGUCGGGUACGUUUGCUCUCUCGUUACUAUACGGAAAAACAGUAUACCACUAUCAAAUCCUCCAAGACAAAUCAGGGAAAUAUUCCAUGCCAGAGGGAACAAAAUUUGACACACUCUGGCAGUUGGUUGAGUACCUGAAGAUGAAACCUGAUGGCCUGAUAACAGUUCUCAGGGAAGCGUGUCUUAACAGCCAAUCUACUGAAAAGACCCCCAGUCUUCCUGCAACAAGGCGGGGUGUUGGAAAUGGAUACACACCGCCACCUCAAGCUGCUGCAGCAGCAGCUCCCAGGCCAGUUAGUGCGAACCAUGAUGUUCUGCCCAUGGACACUGAUGUGUUCAACCCAUACCACAACCCGAACGAUGUGAAGAAAUUUAACAUCAAGAAAACUCAGUUGCUGGUGGACGAUGAGAUGGAGCUUGGUUCUGGGAACUUUGGCUAUGUCAAGAAGGGAGUCCUCACGACUAAUUCGGGUCAGAUGGACGUGGCCGUCAAAGUGCUGAAGAGUGAUAAUGAGAAAAUGGUGAAGGAGGAGAUGAUGAGGGAGGCAGAGAUCAUGUAUCAACUGGACAACCCCUUUAUUGUUCGCAUGCUGGGCCUCUGUAAUCACACAGAUCUGAUGCUGGUCCUGGAGAUGGCCUCUGCCGGGCCUCUAAACAAGUUCCUCUCCGCCAACAAAGAAACUGUAACUGUGGAGAACAUUGUCAACCUGAUGCACCAGGUGUCGAUGGGGAUGAAAUAUCUGGAGGAAAAAAACUUUGUGCACAGAGACUUAGCAGCUCGUAACGUCCUUCUCGUCAACAAACAGUUUGCUAAAAUCAGUGACUUUGGGCUCUCUAAGGCUCUGGGAGCAGAUGGCAGCUACUACAAGGCUCGUACUGCCGGUAAAUGGCCAUUAAAGUGGUACGCUCCAGAAUGUAUAAACUUCCACAAAUUCUCCAGCAAAAGUGAUGUGUGGAGUUAUGGUAUCACCAUGUGGGAGGCCUUUACCUAUGGAGGGAAACCCUACAGGAAAAUGAAAGGACCAGAGGUAAUUCGCUACAUUGAGGGUGGGAAUCGCAUGGACUGCCCACCAGGAUGUCCAGAGCGAAUGUACGAAGUGAUGAGAGAGUGCUGGACAUACAGACAAGAGGAGCGCCCAGACUUCAAGAAGGUCGAGGAGUCCAUGAGGUCUUACCAUUACUCCAUCUCAAAAAAGGCCAAGCCCGAGGAAGACGCAGCCGCUGCGGAGCCUGACAAGUAGACAGAAACAAGGCACAUUCUGUCCCAGUGCUGCACAAAGCAUCCUUUCAACUUGGCCAUUAAACAACCAAAAAGCUUUUAAUGAACGGUGCACACUGACCAGAUCUGACUGCAGUACCACCAAACAGGCCUUGCUUACAAAUGUAAAUUGGACUUUAUUGUGUCAGCCGUCUAAGAAGGAUCUCUUUCUGUCUGUCUGUCAUGGUUUGAAUGUUAAGGAUUGACAUCUUUAUAUUGAUGAACAAACUAAUUUUAUAUUCUGAUAUUUUGGAGCCUAGUGGCAGUGUAUAGUAUGUUCACCACCUAAGAGCAGUUUAUUGUUCUUUUUUAAAAUAACAAAUA